AUGGGUCGUACGAGCUCUGAGGGGAAGUGGUACGGUCAGCAGUCGCAGAUAUUGGUCCCAAUGAACACCCCUGGUAUCACACUGGUUCGGCCGAUGCGAACAAUGGGCGAUGACGAUUGCCCCAAGGGCCACAUGGAGAUGCUGUUCGAAGACGUACGUGUCCCGGUGUCCAACAUCAUCUUAGGCGAGGGCCGAGGCUUCGAGAUCGCGCAGCUUCGGCUCGGACCAGGUCGCAUCCACCAUUGCAUGCGGUUGAUCGGUCAGUCCGAGCGCGCGCUGAGCCUCAUGUGCCAGCGCGCCGAAGAGCGCAGCGCUUUUGGAUCGCAGCUCUCGAAGAUGGGCAGCAUCAUUCAGCAAAUUGCUGAGAGUCGGGCGGAGAUCGACCAGGCACGCCUUCUUGUUCGGGAGGCAGCCGACAGGAUGGACAAGCUCGGCAACACUGAUCAUGACACAAGGAAGAUGCUCAGUAUCGUGAAGGCUGUGGUUCCCAUGAUGGCCCAGAAGGUCAUUGAUCGAUCAAUGCAGGUGCAUGGCGGCCUGGGCAUCUCCCAGGACACGUUUCUUCCAAUGGCGUUCGUUGGGGCCCGCUGCUUGCGGUGGGCUGACGGCCCUGACGAGGUGCACUGGCGCACAGCUGGCCGUAUGGAGCUUGAGUACCAGAAGAAGAGAUCGCCUUUGCAUUCGAUUGGCAGGUACGAGCAUGACCACACGGAGCCGCCUUUCCGGGCCAAGCUCUGA